AUCCCCUCCCCUUUACAAACUAACCGGGUCCAGUGUUGCAUUAGAUCUCUCUCCACAUACACACAGACAGGCAAAGGGGAGCUGAAUAUACAGUCCAUUCCUGUUCCCGGUGCGUGCUGGAUCCCAUGUUCUGUGCACCUCGGCCAGUGUGAGAGCUGGGACUCAGACACAGUCCAACAGAAACAGUACUGCGCCACUCCACUAGCACUGCAUCUGCCUGGUCCCACUUGGGAUAGAGGCGAUGGACCGGAGCAGCUGCCUGCAGAUAGUCCCGUCCUGCUACCCUGGGUACUACCGCUCUCCUCGUGAUUGGCUGUACAUUUGGCUCCUGUGUAGGGUAAGGCUGAGGCAACAACAACUCUUGUGAGUGGGCUUUAAUUUUUCCGAGCGAGAUUUGAAAUAUUGGCUGUGAAGAUGGAUCAACCAUGAGUCUAAGCAGGAAUGACAACAGUUGCCCUUUAGUUUUUGUCAAGAAUAUGAUAGCAGUGCUGCAUGCAAACUGGGCUGGAAACAAACAAUGACUCUUAUUCAGAUCUGCCCAACCGAUCUCACUGACGAUGGACCACGAUAACUCUUCCACUUUAGUUUCUCUUCCAGGUACAAUAACUAAUUCCUCAGAAAAUUCCUCGGCAAUGCUAAUCACCUGGAAUGAAAACAGUCAGUUAGGGCUGAGGAUUUCACUGUCUGUCGUUCUGGGCAUCAUCACCUUGGCGACCAUCCUCUCCAAUUCAUUUGUGUUUGUCACCAUUUGCCUCACGAGGAAGCUCCAUACUCCCGCCAACUAUCUCAUUGGGUCGCUGGCUGUCACAGACCUCCUGGUGGCUAUUAUGGUGAUGCCCAUCAGCAUUGUCUACACUGUCAUCAAGACCUGGACUCUAGGACAGAUCAUGUGUGACAUCUGGCUAUCUUCUGACAUCACGUUUUGUACUGCGUCCAUCUUGCACCUGUGUGUCAUUGCUCUGGACAGAUACUGGGCCAUCACUGACGCCUUGGAGUACACAAAGCGUCGCACACCGGGUCGAGCAGGCCUGAUGAUAGCUGUAGUCUGGGUCAUCUCAAUCUGCAUCUCCAUCCCGCCACUAUUCUGGAGGCAAUCAAAAGCUCUUGAUGAACUCAAGGAAUGUGUAGUCAACACCGACCAGAUAUUCUACACCAUCUACUCCACUUUUGGAGCCUUUUACAUCCCCAGCGUGCUGCUAAUUAUACUGUACGGCAGAAUUUACAUGGCAGCCCGAUCAAGGAUUCAGAAACCGCCCUCGGCCUUCGGAAAGCGCUUCACCACGGUACAACUCAUAAGUGGAUCAACCGGAUCUUCCCUGUGUUCCGUUGGCUUUAACAGCCAGGAAACUCUCCCUCAUUCCAGUGAAUCUCCUGUCUACCUGAACCACAUCAAAGUCAAAGUGUCCGAUAGCGUCCUGGAGAGAAAGAGGAUCUGUGCAGCUAGAGAGCGCAAGGCCACCAAAACCCUAGGGAUCAUCCUUGGCGCUUUCAUUUUCUGCUGGCUCCCUUUCUUUGUGGUGGCCUUGGUAAUGGGCAUCUGCAAAGAGGCAUGCUGGUUUCAUCCUGUGCUCUCUGACCUCUUCACGUGGCUCGGCUAUUUAAAUUCACUCAUCAAUCCUGUCAUAUACACAGCUUUCAAUGAGGACUUCAAACAGGCUUUCCAAAAACUCAUACGACUCAAACGAUGCUAACUGUAAGCCAACUCUAUGGUAACAAUGCAUUUUCCUGUCAUUUCACAUAUGAUAAAGAGAAAGAGAGACCAAUCUACUGAAUCUUGUUUUUAGGGACAUUAAUCUGUCUGCAUUUAUCUCGCACAUUGUACGUUUUAGUACUUUGAUUUUUUUUUCCACACAGUUCUGUACAAGGGGAUGGUACAUUCACCAUACUUGAUGCACCUAAGUGGCGUAGUUAAGUUAAGCUUUUUUGCAUAAGUGUGAACAAGAGAAUAGAAUCGCGAUAAUGCUGACAUUCUGAAUUGCACUACAGGAACCUUUUAGAAUUUUAUUAUAUUUAAAUACAAGUCUUUUGUUUUAUCAUAAUUCACUCAAUGCAGAUAUUAAAUAUGCUCUCUGUUAAACAGUGCAAUAUUUAUGGUAAAAUAUCUUCACUAAAGUAAGUUGUAUAAUGGCAUACUGGCAUAUGUACUUGUAUUGAAAAUGUGGACAUGUAUGACAUUGGAAGAUACAGCACAAGACAUUUCAAACAUAUCAAUGGGAAAUAUGAAGAUUUCACCUAAAACUUGCAGCAGGAUACAAUUGUUCUGAACUUUUAUAAUUUUGCAUUCUUGUAACAUUGUCUGCAUUUCUGUAAUCAUUGACUGCCGGACAGUUUUCUGAUGAGAUGGUUAAGCUAUGUCCUUCCAGUUUGUAGUAAGAUCUUUUCAGAAUCAGAAACUUUAAUUUGUUCGAAAGAAAUUAGAGGUGGCAUAAAACACCUUGGUUAUUAAUCAUUCUUCUGCUUUCAAGGACAGGUGCUUUAUUUAUAUACAAUACAAUCCACAACCAUACCAACAUUCCUCGCUUACUAAUAGUUUGUGACCAAGUCAUCAAAACUGAUUAUAAGAAACUGCAAGGCUGAUGCAAGUCACUGUAAAGGGUUAAGUGCAGGCCAGCAAGACUGCAGUUAUACUGCAGACCUCUCUUUGCUUGCCAGACAAAGUUGAGGUGCAUCUAGGAGAAAUUUUAACCCAUCCCAUUCAGGAAUUAAAGCAUGGGCCUUUAAAGAAAGGCAGGACGGCUUACCCACAAUCAGAAUUUUUUUACCUCUUUAGAGCAAGUGGCAAGAAUGUUUGUCUUUAUUCUACAGAUUGAGGACGGGUGCACACAGCCACAACUGUUACUGGUGGGGAGUUGCUUUGUUUUUUUCUUUUAGGUGAAAACAUAAGGAUGUGGAUCUGGAAAUAGAAGAAGCUCUUACCAGUGUACUGGAACAGCAGGAGGGCUUCUCUUGUCUGUAUCAGGAAAGGUUAGAUCUUCUGCUCCCGCACUUCCCUCUUCAGGCUUGCAGGGUUGCUCCAAAGACCUGUCACCAAUGUUUUAGCAUCCAACAGGGCCAUUUGACAGCUCACCACCUCCACACCACCCCCUGGUGGGAGGAGUUAAAAUUUCAGGUUGAUGACCUUUUUGUUUCUUGACAGGAGCAGACAUGAGUGCGUACACUUUAUUGACUUUUUAAAAACUUGAAGUGUUCAUGCGGCUCGGCAAACCUUUUCUAAGCCUAGUUUCACGCUGGACUGGAGCUGUGCUCCAUUGAUUUGGACAACUCAUUCUACAGGGAGCCAGUCUUGAGGAGUUAGGAAGAUCUGAUUUCCCCUGCUCCCCAACACCUUCUCCAGCUGGGCUCUAAAAUAUUAGUCUAGCCAUUGAAGUCCAGAAUUGAGUUUAAAAACUGCACUUGAGUCACAUGGACAUAUUGAUGCAGAUGGGGGGAUGCUUUUGUGGAGCCUACAGCAGAGUAUGGACCAGGAAAGAUGAAUGGUCUCUUUUUGUGCAGUAAGCACUUACUAAUGGCCCUAUUUUCACACUAGUUCCACACCUGAAAUUCCUUCAUAUAAACAGAGUCCAGACAGUGUGACUGAAGCUUUAGUGUCUUCUAUGUAAAGAAUAGGGAGAGGCUGAAUAGGUUGGGGCUGUUUUCUCUGGAGCAUCAGAGGCUGAGGGGUGACCUUAUGGAG